AUGCUGCGGAUCCUGUGCCUGGCACUCUGCAGCCUGCUGACCCACGCGCGAGCUGACCCUGGGGCACUGCUGCGGUUGGGCAUGGACAUCAUGAACCGCGAGGUCCAGAGCGCCAUGGAUGAGAGUCAUAUCCUGGAGAAGAUGGCAGCUGAGGCAGGCAAGAAACAGCCAGGGAUGAAGCCUAUCAAGGGCAUCACCAAUGAGCAGGGUAAUUUUGAGGAAGAAAUGAGGUUGGAAAGUCAAAUUUCAACUCUGCAUGCAACAUGAGCUCACUGAAUGUACAUGAAAUUAAAUGAAAAUGUCCUCAAAUGGUAGAGCUGGAAAGGUGUCAACAAUCAUCUAAUGACAAGAGGAAAUUGGUUCCUCUGCCAGUGCCAUGAGGGAUUAAUCAGUAGGGGCUGCCUGAAACGAUGCACUUGGGAGGGCUCUGAGGCACUAUCUGCACUCAGCAGGAACUAGGACUGUGAUCAACCAGCAAUGUCUGCCAAGAGCUCAAAAUGGGCAAGUUGGGUUUGAAGGUGAAGGAUGUCCAGCUGCCCGUCAUCACACUGAACUUUGUACCUGGAGUGGGCAUCUUCCAAUGUGUGUCCACAGGCAUGACCAUCACUGGCAAGAGCUUCAUGGGAGGGAACAUGGAGAUCAUUGUGGCCCUGAACAUCACAGCCACCAACCAGCUUCUGCGGGAUGAGGAGACUGGCCUCCCUGUGUUCAAGAGUGAGGGCUGUGAGGUCAUCCUGGUCAACGUGAAGACCAACCUGCCUAGCAACAUGCUGCCCAAGGUGGUCAACAAGUUCCUGGACAGCACACUGCACAAGGUCCUCCCUGGGCUGAUGUGUCCUGCCAUCGAUGCGGUCCUGGUGUAUGUGAACAGGAAGUGGACCAACCUCAGUGACCCCAUGCCCGUGGGCCAGAUGGGCACCAUCAAAUAUGUCCUGACGUCCACACCGGCCACCACAGCCAGCUACAUCCAACUGGACUUCAGUCCUGUGGUGCAGCAGCAAAACGGCAAACCCAUCAAGCUUGCUGAUGCUGGGGAGGCCCUCGUGUUCCCCAAGGGUCAUGCUGAAGGUUCGUCGCAGCUGCUGCUCCCAGACACCCUCCUUUCCGCAGAGCUUGCCCUUCUGCAGAAGUCCUUUCAUGUGAACAUCCAGGAUACGAUGAUCGGUGAGCUGCCCCCACAAACCACCGAGACACUGGCUGGCUUCAUUCCUGAAGUGUCUGUAGCUUAUCCCAAGUCAACGCCCUUGACAACCCAGAUCAAGAUAAAGAAGCCUGUCAAGGUCACAAUGAAGACAGGCAAGAGCCUGCUACACUUCCACGGCACCCUGGAGAUGUUCGCAGCUUGGCAGAGGGGCAAGGCUCCAAUGUCCCUCUUUCUCCUAGAAGUGCACUUCAAUCUGAAAGUCCAGUACUCAGUGCGUGAGAACCGGCUGCAGAUGGCCACCUCUUUGGACAGAUUACUGAGCUUGUCCCGGAAGUCCUCAUCGAUUGGCAACUUCAAUGAGAAGGAAUUAACUGGCUUCAUCACCGACUAUCUCGAAGAAGCCUACAUCCCAGUUGUCAAUGAUGUGCUCCAAGUGGGGCUCCCGCUCCCGGACUUUCUGGCCAUGAAUUACAACCUGGCUGAGCUGGAUGUAGUGGAGAAUGCCUUGAUGCUGGACUUGAAGCUUGGCUGACCAUGGCAGGACUUCCCUGCCAGCUGCCUGCUUACCACCAACCGCCUGCACCCCAUGGAGGAGCCCCCCUGAUUGGAGCCAGGUGGGCCUGGCCCCCUACCA